AUGGUCACUUCAGUAAAGGAGCCCUGGCUGUUCCUGCAAGACCUUAGCCCAGCCCCCGGGCCAGCCCGCCUGCGCAGUCACCCUGGCCCUGGCCCGUCUGCACUGAUCCCUCUGAGUCCACCAGGUCUAGGCCACUCCAAGGAGGCAUCUGCCCCCACACCCAUUGGGGAGCUGGCUCCCAGCAGCUUUCUGCAGGCUGUGUUGGAGGCUCUGGAGCUAGGGCCCACGGCCCUGGUCAGCCCAUCUCUAAGUGGAAUGUAUUCACUGCCCUUCCUCACAGCACCUAACUCCCAGCUCUGUGGCUACGUGCCCGUCGCCCCAAUCUGCACAGAUAAAGUCAGCCCUGCUGACUAUGGCCGUGUGAAGACCCCCACUCUGAUCGUGUAUGGAGACCAAGAUCCCAUGGGGGAGUCAAGCCUCAAGCACCUGCAACAGCUGCCUAACCACCAGGUGAUGGUGAUGGUGGGCGCAGGACACCCCUGCUACCUGGACAAGCCAGAGGAAUGGCACUCUGGACUCCUGGAUUUCCUGAAUGGGCUGUCAUAAGGGCCUAGGCCAGUCCCGACCCUGCCCCUACU